AUGGGUGGCUGCUCCUCCAGCCAAACAUGCCUAACGAAGGGUUCUAUUCCAUCUCAACUCACACUGAUUUCAGAGAACGCCGAUGGCGGGGCUGCGGAUGCUGAGUGUGGUGAGCCCAUAGCAAAUUACGUGGCCGUCUCCCCGAAUGGCCUAGAGAGGGAGAAGGAGGAAGAAGAAGAAGCGGGGCGGAAAUGUUUGCCGCAUUUGCGACAUCCCAAACUUACCAUCCGCACGGGGGCAAAUGACAUGGAGUGGGGAGAAGAUGGAUGGGCCGCGGGCCCAAUUUCGGAUGGGUGUAAGUACGCAUUGACCCCCGUUGUCCCUGUAACACCAUUCACAACGCGAGAUGUGCGUAAAAGGAUUGUCUCCGAGUUUCAGAAGCACUACGGCGGAUGUGGUGAUACCGGAGAGGAAGUGACGCCGUGUACCAUAGAUGAAGCCAAGAAGCCCCCAAAUAAAUUAAGCGACAACGCUGCCGAAAAUACCCCAAUGGAUACAAAGCAACUGGAGGCCCCAACGCCUAGUGCCAUUUCUGCUGCAUUGCCCAAUAUGGACAGAAGUGGUGUUGACAUGACGCCAGUGGCAUCCAUUGGCGAGGAGUCCAAGGGAGUGACUGAGAAAUGGGAAGGUUCUUCCGCAGUCAGCUUUCAUCCAGUAACCUUUCAAGCCAUAAACCAAACUCCCCAACCCGCAUCGCCGCAGUCGCGCGAACUCUCCCUGACGAAGUCUCAGGAGGGGGCCGCCCAGCAGGAAUCAUUUUUUACAAUUGAGACAAGCAAAAAACGGAGGUCCUUCAUAGGUUUUCGCAAGGACUCAAAAAAAAACGUGGUCAACCGUAGCAGCGGGUCCGUUGGGGUGGAUAAAGAGGAAAAGGAGGCGAAUCGCUGCUUGUCCGGAAGCAACUCCAAUGUGAAACCACAAACCGAUGAAGCCCCUUUGCUAACACGUGAGCAUUUUAUUCGCAUCGGCACGCAGAGGUUGGAGAAGCGUCUGUUUGAACUCAAACUCGUGGAGCACCGUGUGAAGGGUGAUGGAAACUGUCAGUUUCGCGCUCUGGCGCAGCAGUUGCUGGGCUCAGAGGACCUCCAUGAAAUUAUCCGCGUCCACGUCCUCACAUACAUGAAGGGUGUUCGAGAACGCUUUGACUGCUACUUUGCGAACAAGGAGGAGGCAGACGGCUACUACGGCAGAAUGCUUAAAAGUGGUACAUGGGGUGAUGAACUCACCCUUCGCGCGGCAAGUGAUAGUCUGCACAUAAACAUUCACGUCUUGUCAUCGGAGCAGCAGAACUUUUACAUUACAUACCGUCCAGGUGCAGACUCUCCGUUACCACCUGCCUUCCUGGUGGAUGUUGCCACUCUUCGGCAACAACGGCAUCUCCAGGGCAAUGCUAACAUGAGUCAUUUGACGCAAACGGCAACAGUUGUAAAAGAGGGAAAAGGUGGCGGGGGCGGAAUGGGAGCAUUAGUUGUAGAAACAGAAGCAGAAGAAGGAGGAGGAGGAGGAAGAAGAAGGGGGGGUUGUGCGUGCAGCAGGAAAUCUGGAGGCGUUCAGCUCACUGCACUUAAGUCACGUAAACCAGUGGCGUCAACGCAGAACACAAAGAAUCAUGAAAAUGGGGAAGAAGAGGAGGAAGUUAUUGUGGAUGCAUGCGCCCUUCAGCGUUCUCUGCAGCGUAAAUUGACUCAAUCAACCAUUCGAGCAGCCGCAACCCCAAAACGGGACAGUUUUGCAUCCGGUGAGUACCCUGAGAGUACGAACCGAAACGUUUUCUUUGCGGCAGUGGAAGCUCCGGCAGUGGCGAUGACCGGGGAUGCUGCAAAUAAGGGUGGAGCUGGUGGGUACUUGGAUUUAAGUUUUACGGUCCAAAGCGGCGAGGAGAGUUCCGUGGGCGGUUCUUUUCAAUCGACGCAUUUGCGGACCGUCUCGCAGGAAAUUGCCAGGUUAUGCUCCGUUGGAACCGAAAGUGUAGAAAACAAAGGGAAACAUCACAUCACUCUACUCCUAGCCCAUCCAACCCCCGUUGAGAAUUCGCCAAGUACGCAGCAACAGGUGGAAUCCACACCCUCUUUAAAUAUGCCUAUCACAACGACUGUUUCCAAUGCAUUGCCAAAAAUGGACUCGAGUUUUCUUUUGGUUUCUCCGCUGCAUGGCGAGAUUGGUGGAAUUACGCCUUCCGUCGCAUGUGAUUCGACACUUCCGGCUGCUCAGACAUCGGCAUUUUCUUCCGAUAUGGAUCUCAAUACGGCUGUUUGUGUAGGAAACCGUUUUACUGUUUUAAGGGACGAUGAAAGUGUUUUUGUCUUUGAAGGACAUUCAGAACCCAUUGAUGUGUUUCUUUCUUAUCUUUCCCCUGUGCAUUACAAUGCCUUAAUUGUCGCAGAAGAAAGAACUACCCCCAGUGCUGUCUCUUUGAUGUCUCAACAGGAUAAGUUGGGUCCCUGUGCGGAAUUUUUAUCCCUUCCCGAUGUUGGAACAUUUCUACCCUUUCUAAAGAGGGUAGUUUCCGAUAAAAUGGUCUUAGGGGGAACCUCAGCUCUGUAA